AUGCCGCCUCGCCUAGGUUACAAGAAGUCCCGAAGGGGUUGUUUUAUGUGCAAGCAACGCCGGGUCAAGGUAUCCUCUCUUUGCGAUGAGAACCAACCGUGCACUGCGUGUGCGAGGCACGGGGUAGUUUGUGUUUAUGCGGAUGCUUCGGGUGCACGAUCGCGGUCAAGAGACCCUUCCACUGAACAGACCCGCUCUCAGGGAGAAACUUCCCGGCAAGGCGACGUGUUGAUAUCCGCUGUCAGCCCAGAUCCAUUGCCAUACUUGGCCAAGUUUAUGAAAGGCCAGGAGCCCAUAGAGCAGAGUACGUGGCUCACGGACCUGGAGCUAAUGCAUCAUCAUUCAACAUGCACUUAUCUGACUUUGCCACGCGCUGAUGAACUUCACCACAUAUGGCAGAUUGAAAUGCCUAAGCUAGCCUUGCGUCAUGUUUAUCUGCUACAUCAGGUUCUGUCAGUUUCUGCAUUUCAUCUCGCCUUUUUGAAUCCAGAUCGCCCUGAAUUUCCUGUAUGCGCUUCGCAACACCAGAAUGAGGCUAUUAAAGGUCUUCGAUCAGCGAUUGGGUCUAUUUCACAAGAUAGUUGCGUAGAAAUAUUUCUCGCAUCUUCAUUACUCUCCAUCGGCGCUUUCGCUGGUUUCAGUACACAAAAUUCAGGUCAACAACCCGGCAUCGAUGACCUUUUGGAUGUCUUCGUUUUAACUCGGGGCAUGAGUGAUAUCUUAAACAAAUAUCAGACGACGCUCAAUCAAAGUAGACUUGGGGGUCUCUUUUUAAGAGGAAGCCCAUGCGAGUCGACGCCAGUCCUUACAGCUGUUAUCGCCCAGCUUCGACAGAUCACUAUCCCGGACAACUUCGAUCUUGCAACGGCUUCUUUAUGUCAAGAGUCUAUCAUGUCUGCCAUCACUUGGACUGAGAAAAGUAUUGAAUCAACGGCCAAUCCAGAUUUGCGUGUCGCCCUGACAUUGUGUUUGUCUGUGAGUGCGGAGUUCUUAGACCUUAUUAAACAACGAAACCGUAUUGCACUUUGUGUUCUCGCGCACUACUGUGUCGUGCUAAACCAGGUUGGAAGAUCUACCUGGUAUAUGGCAAAAUGGGGGAGAUUAGUUGUUCUAGAUAUUUGGAAGGAGAUGGAUCCACAAUGGAGGUCGUUACUUCAGUGGUGUAUGGAAGCUGUUGAAUGUGAGAAUUGUGUUGGAUGA